AUGGCUUCCAGCGGUGCUAGGCCUAGUUCUGUGGGGCCCCCCGAGGGCGAAGGGCCCCCGGAAGUGGUGCAGCAGGGCCACUUCUUCAGCAAAAAGACCUUCCACAAGCCCACCUACUGUCACCACUGCACCGACAUGCUCUGGGGACUCAUCGGACAGGGACUCAUCUGCGAAGUUUGCAAUUUCGUCGUACAUGAGCGAUGUCUAAAGACUGUAGUAUCUCCAUGUUCAACAAUAACUCCAAGUAUCAUUAAAAAUCCUGUUCCUCAUUGUUGGGGUGAACCCGGACACUUAAAACGUCGAUUCUGCAACGUUUGUAGAAAGCGCAUUGAAGAUAGCUGCGCGGUCCGAUGUGAAGUCUGUGAUUAUUCUGUCCAUGUUGAAUGCCAAGACUUCGGAGUCGCUGAUUGUAAAGAAUGUGCCACUUAUGUCCCAAGCAGAGACACUUCGACCCUCACGCAGAUGCACCACUGGAGAGAGGGCAAUUUGCCAGCAAACUCUAAAUGCCAACUGUGCAAGAAAACGUGUUGGUCAGCCGAAUGUCUAGCUGGGAUGAGAUGCGAAUGGUGCAAUAUUACGGCGCAUCCUUCCUGCUACGGGAGCCUUCCAACCGAGUGCACGUUUGGAUGCUUGGAGAGCAUCAUGCUCCCCCCUGCCGCCGUCAGCAUCCCGCGCACAGACGUGCCGCUCGAAACCAUCAUCGGGGGACAGAUGAAGAGGAAGGACAACACCCUCUCACCUAGAAGUAUUUCUGAAGAAUUUCCAUUGUCUGGAGAUUUGAAAAACAAAGAUUUCGAUGAAUAUUCUCAAAAAGACAAGGAAGAAGAACUAAUUAAAGUUUACGAUGGGAACGGGUCCAUGAAGAGCAAAAUGUUUCGGACAAUCACCAUGCCAAGAAACGCAACUAAGGAACAGAUCAUAGCUGCUUCGUUACGAGCGUUUCAUGUCUAUGACGAUGUACGGCUGUAUUAUAUUACAGAUGCAUAUGACCCUAACGAAAAAGAGCCCGAAGGUCCCGCUCCGAUCCAGAACUUGACCAGGAGAGAGGGUCAGCGUUCUGCCAUCUUCCUCAGGUUUCGGUCCCCAGAUCCUAACUCUGGAUAUAUCAAAGUCUACCCCGGAAAACUCGGGAAUUUAGAAGGUCAUCAGGUUAUCCCUGUGACGAGUGAUGACGAAGUAAAUGACGUCAUGGAACAUGCUCUUGAAAAGUUUGGGCUUGACCCCUCUGACGUCACGAAAUACAGACUCAGCGAGGUUUCAUUAGAUAAAGGAUCCGUUCAUGAAAGACCAAUGGACAACCAAGAAAGUCCUUGGGAACUUAUAAAAAACAUAGCAAGGGAGUCAAUACGGCAAAAGGAACUGACCCGUUUCUGCCUGCGUCAGAAGGAGGAUUUGCAAAGUUCUUCAGUAGCACUCUUCGUAGGCAAUUUACCUCCUAAUCUCUCACAGAGGCAGUAUGAGAUGCUAUUGUUGGAAAUGCUUGGGAAACCUUAUAAAUUUCGAGAUUUGGGGCCAAUCUAUUACGAGUAUGGAUCCCUGAUCAUCACCUACGACAACGCCGACAUCGCAGUCAAGUGCUUCUACAUGUUGCGGGAGACGAUUUAUGACGACAAGAACCUUCUCGUACUGUUGCUGCCCAACUUGCAACCUGACAUGGUCCCUAGAGGAAUCAGGCCGUUGUUGGUGUUCGUGAAUGUGAAGAGUGGGGGCUGUCAGGGCAUGGAACUCAUCUCAUCUUUCCGUCGACUUUUAAAUCCUUAUCAGGUGUAUGACCUGGAGAAUGGUGGACCUCUACCAGGUUUGUACGUAUUCCGGCACAUCCGAGACUACAAAAUCCUGGUGUGUGGCGGAGACGGAACGGUGGGCUGGGUGCUGCAGUGCUUGGACAAUGUGGGACAGGAUUCCGAGUGCCAAAGUCCUCCUUGCGCCAUCCUUCCCUUGGGGACAGGGAACGACCUCGCAAGGGUUCUGCGGUGGGGACCUGGAUACACAGGUGGGGAAGAACCCCUCACGAUACUCAAGGAUGUCAUCGAUGCAGAAGAAAUCAGGCUCGACAGGUGGACUGUGGUGUUCCACGUGGAUGAAAAGGGAGACGACAAGUCCGGUCCUAAUGCCUCUAGUUCAGAGGACAACACGGCAAUCUACGUCAUGAACAAUUACUUCGGAAUCGGAAUCGACGCUUCUCUCUGCCUCGACUUCCAUAAUGCCCGAGAAGAAAAUCCAGAUAAAUUCAACAGCAGGUUUCACAAUAAAGGCGUGUACGUUAAGAUGGGUCUCCGAAAAAUGGUGAGCCGACGAACGUGGCGGGAUUUCCACAAAGAAGUACGGCUCGAAGUAGACAACAAAGUAAUAGACCUCCCACCUGUUGAAGGAAUCAUCAUACUCAAUAUUCUCAGUUGGGGGUCUGGUGCUAACCCUUGGGGCCCGGAGAAGGAGGACCAGUUUGCCAAGCCAACCCAUUACGACGGCAUGUUGGAAGUGGUGGGAGUCACUGGCGUCGUCCACAUGGGACAAAUACAGAGUGGAUUGCGGAGUGCCAUCCGCAUUGCACAAGGAGGACAUUUGCGGAUUAAACUAUACACCGAAAUGCCAGUUCAAGUCGAUGGAGAACCAUGGAUACAAAGUUCUGGUGAAGUUGUAGUCCUCAGAUCUGCUCUUAAGGCCACCAUGUUAAAGAAGAGCAAAGGGAAAAUGAAGAGAAGGAACACAGAACCUAGUAUGGUGGUAUCACCAAUGGAAAUAAGUCAAGAUGUGCCAAGUAGUUCAGGACCUUUUUAAGGAUUUAUAUGCAACACGAAAUAUUGAAACAAACUUAAAUAAAUUACUGAGAUAGACUAAAACAAAACAAAGCAAACACUAUUGCUUCGGUGUCUAAGGCACACCUUUUCUCUUAAGGUUAUUAAUGAUUGGAAGUUGUUACAUGGAUUGCAGAAGUGCUAGUGGGGCCUAAAAAUUGGAACAAUUAAAAUGCUGUUUGCAUAAAUUAUUUUCUGAUGCGGUUCGAACGAAUCUGUUAUAUGAGGACUCAAUAGAUAAGCAUAUCAAAAGUAUUUUCGAAAAUGUCAAUAUUAUUUUGAAAAAUGAAUUGAAUAUUACUAUCUGAACAAGUGCUGGUUUUGACAAAAAUAGGUUCUUUGUGGCAUGAAUGCUAUGAAGUAGAUUUUUGUUGAUUUUUGUACAGAUAAUAAUCCACUUGCAUAAGUAUUUUUUGUUGAAAAUUACUUAAAGAAUGAAAUGUAUUUCCUUAUUAAUUUUACACUUGCUAUUCUAAAUAACGCAAUUAUUAUUUUCAUACAAAUGUAUGUAACAAACAAUAAUGAUUGAUAAAUUGCUCAGAAUGAUUUAAUAUAUCUUCAACUUUACCAAAUCCUCAAAAAAUUUUAUCUAUUAUAUUUUAUGCAAAUGUGGUUUUUCAUAUACUAGUACAAAUGUACUUAAAAAAUGGAAUCUUUGUUGAUCCUCUGAAAGCUUGUGGUGACCAACCUAGGCUGAAAACUUCUGUUCCCUAUAUUUUA